UCUUUGUGCACUUCUCAGAUGUAACAUACCGUGAUCCUGACCUUUACUAUGAAUAAGAUGAGGCUCCUUUAUUUUUCUGUUGCCAUAUUGUCCCUCAUGCAGAUACCCCAUGUUAAGGCUGCAGGAUGUAAUAUCCUGUCAGUUACAUCUCCUUCAGCAUCAUCCCUUAAUGUGGUAUGGAGCACCUACAGCAAUGCUUCAGUUUAUGUGUUGGACUUGAGAGCUGUGAACUCCACCACUAUUUCCCCGCUGAUGGUGAUGAUACCACCAACCAGCACAGAGAUGGUGGUACAGGGGGUAAGAUCUGGAUAUGUCUAUGACAUCACCCUGAAGGUCCUUGUGUUUUGGGAUCUUGUGUGUACAGACACUAAAACAGCCAUGACAGUGCCGGCUACACCUCAGAUCACACUUUCUGAAGCUGUGUCAAGUACUUCCAUAAGGUUUGAAUGGACCAGUGUGAUGGGGGCAGUUAACUAUACUAUAAUUGUGCAAGAGUUCAUUAAAUCUCCAGCACAGAGCUUCACUAAGACCUUCACAGUUUCAAGGGGACAAAUUGAUGAUUUGAAUAACUUUACAACAUACAGCUGCAAAGUUUACGCCUCCAACAGUGCUGGAAGAAGUGCCCUAAGUAGCACAAAGAUAAUAACAACGUUGGUGCAGCCACCCACUAAUGUGAAAGUAGUAGCAACAGGAAGAAGUACAGCCCGAGUGACUUGGAACUCAGUGGAUAAAGUCCUGCUGUACCGAGUGGCUGUGAGUGACAAUAAAAACCCCAGCAACAUGCCAGUCAUUAGAAACACCACCAGCACAACCUUUGAUAUAAGUAAUCUGGAGCCCUGCUCCACCUACACAGUGGGAGUAUCAUCAUUCAACUUCUUCUUGGUGCCUGGGGAGGCUGCUAAUGUUACACACACUACCUCUACUAUUAAUUCGGUGACGACAGUCUCAGUGGACUACAGCUGCUCCAGUGGCAGUGUGACAGCAACUUGGGAUGUGGUCUUUGGGGCCAGCUUGUACAGAGCCACAGCUGUAGAUGGAACCGGCGCUUCUAGUAACUGCACAUCAGCUUCGACUAGCUGCCAGAUCUCCAUGUUAAAAUGUGGUGAGAAGUAUGAGGUCCGUGUUACAACCCUCUCUGGCGACUGCAGCAGCACCUCCAACAUAUCUUCAAUGUUUGAGACAGUCCCCUGCGCCCCAGCAAAUCCUCAGGCUUCAUACACUUGCAACAGCAAUGUAGUCGUCUUCAGCUGGCAGCCCACCAACAACGCCCUCUAUUAUGUGGCGACGUCUGUGGAUAGCAAUGGCAUGUCAACGGAGUGUCGAACAACAGACAUCAUGUGUUACUUCACUGAUGCGGAGUGCGCUCAGAACUACACGUACCGUGUGUAUGCUGUCACCUUACAGUGUAACACCGACAUCACCGAACCUGUGAUUGUUCAAACCUCUCCUUGUCUUCCAACUAACUUGAGAAGGAAAGCUGAGUGUGACCCUAACAGGCUGGUCAUAAACUGGGACUCUGCUGCUGGAGCUCUUUCCUAUUUUGUAGAAGCAAAGGGAAACACUAAAGAAAGCUACAACUGCACAACUUCCUCCAGCAGCUGUGAAAUUACCAAUGUGCCAUGUGGUGAACACCUCAGCGUGUGGAUUGUUGCCUCCAAUAGCAAGUGCUCCUCUCCCCAAGUUUUGGGGGAGGUUGCACAGACUGUUCCCUGCACCCCAAACAAUGUCACAGUAUCAGUGGACUGCAGCCAAAACUCUGCAACACUUGAUUGGAUGGAAAGCAGUGGCGUUAUAUUGUACGUCAUUGUCGCCCAAGAUGCACACGGCAAUUCAUACAGGUACAUGUCAAUGGACAGCACCCGUAUGAUUGAUGGCCUGAGAUGUGGACAGAACUACACUGCCAGUGUUUUUGGCACGGAUUUCAUUUGCAACAGCACCACCAGUCAGGAGGUUUCUUUUAUGACAGCACCGUGUCCUCCGACAAACAUCGAAGCGUUUAGAGACUGUGAUGCCAAUCGUGCUGUGAUAGUCUGGCAGAACCAUCAGUCCACAGGCCUCUACACCGCCACUAUAGCAGAUCAGAGUGCUGAUCAGCUAAACUGCACCAGUAACACAGGGAACAACUGUACAAUAACUUCUCUGCCUUGUGGAAAGAAAUACAAUGUCUCGGUCACUUACAAUGAUGGAAACUGUCCGUCAGCCUCGAGUGUGGUCAGCAUGGACUCAGUGCCAUGUGGUCCUGAAGGAGUCGGAGCCCAUGUGAACUGCACAACUGGUGAGCUGACAGUCUUCUGGAACAUCUCCACUACUGCUGAGAGCUACACCACUGUGAUAUCCAGAGGAUCGGGCCAGCCUCUGUACUGUAACUCCACAGAGACACAGUGCAGUACAGGAGGACUGGAGUGUGGAAGCUCCUACUCAGUGACGGUCUUUUCUAUCACUGGGACGUGCAAGAGCCUGCCAAGCACAGAGGUCACAGUGGACACAUUGCCGUGUCCUCCCACCAACGUCACAGUGACACGCACAUGUGCUCCACACCCUGUUCCUGUGUCAUGGCUCGCCAGUGAUGGUGCCAAAUACUACACUGCUGUUGCUUUGAGCAGUGAAGGUCACAGGUCCUCGUGCACAACCAAUAAAACCUCCUGUAGCCUCACUGGGCUCCACUGUGGGGAGGUUUACACAAUAGGUGUUUCAGGAGUUGAUGACAAGUGUGAAAUUCAACAGAGCAACACUGUCUCUGUGAACACAGGACCAUGUGCUCCCUUUAAUGUGUCGAGCCAGCUGAUCUGUAGUGCUAGAGCCGCUCACGUGUCCUGGGACCCCAGUCCGAAUGCACUGAGCUAUGCAGUGGAAGCCAUAAGUGAUGGGCAGACCCUCACCUGCAACAGCUCCAGCCCCAUCUGCGCACUGAGUAACCUGCUCUGUGGCCAAGCAUAUGAAAUUGUUGUGACUGCCACGGAUGGCACAUGUGUCAGCAACUACAGUGCCCCCUUCAGGCAAGACCAAGUGCCAUGCGCUCCAGGGAACAUCAGUACAAACUUGUCCUGCAGCACCAAUGACUUAACGGUCAGCUGGAUCUCUUCUUCUGCAUCCCUCCAAUACAGUGUCACUGCUGUGCCAUUAGCUGGAAAUGUAACUUCGGUCAUCUGCCACACUGAUGGUGCCAGCUGUGUUCUGAGCGGCCUUCAGUGUGGACAGACGUUUAAUGUCUCAGUGGAAGCGUCCUCUGGCAGCUGCAAAGGACCGCACAGCCCUCCACAGACCGUUCAGACAGCACCCUGCUCCCCUCAGAGCUUGGCAGCAGUGACAGACUGUGGAUCAAACUCACUGCUGGUCUCCUGGAAUUCCUCUUUCGGUGCUUCCAGCUACACAGCUAAAGUUAUGGGCCCACAUGGCUUCUCUGAGACGUGCUCCUCAUCAGAUCUUAGUUGCUCUUUUUUCAACCUGCAGUGCGCCACUCAGUACAGCAUCACAGUAGCAUCCAAGAACAACCGCUGCACCAGUGCUCCCAUUCAAACUACUAUCACAACAGGACCAUGUGACUCAGUUAACGUGACCAGUGUCCUGCACUGUGGCUCAGACGUGGCCACGGUGUCCUGGAUUGCAUCUCCCGGAGCUCUGACCCACACUGUGCUCGCUCAGGAUGGCACAUCUCAUGAUUAUAUUUCCUGCAGGACUAACACGACUUCCUGUCAGCUGAAGCAGCUGCAGUGUGGGAAAGUUUACAACCUCACAGUCAUGUCUGAGGACGCCACCUGUAACAGCACUGGAGCAAGCCAUGUUAUAAUGACAGCUCCAUGUCCUCCCACUUUCAUGAAUAACACUCUGAUCUGUGGCACCAGUUCCUCUUUUCUGUCAUGGACCCCGGUGGCUGAUGCUACAGGUUACACAGUUAACUCCACAGCUUCAAACGGCCACAAAUUGUCGUGUAGCUCAGCCACAGCUUCAUGCACACUGACUGAUCUUCAGUGUAGUGAGACCUACACAGCUACAGUGACUGCACACGGCAACGAGUGCGACAGUGCGCCUGGAACCAGCACCAGCAUUACCACAGCUCCCUGUUCUCCAGUUAUCAUUUCUAAGCAGUAUACCUGUGGCACCAACACAGCAGUGUUCAGGUGGACUGACCCUGCGGGAAGCCUCAGUUUCCUCGCUCAGGUAGAAGGAAAAGGGCAUCAGGACUACUGCCACACGACAAAUACCAGCUGCGUGUUUGAAUAUCUCCCCUGUGGCUUGGAUUUGAAUGUAACACUCCAGGCUCAGGGGGCGCAGUGCAACAGCAGCCCAAGUGUCAACGAAUCAUUAGAAACAGUCGCGUGUGCCCCACAGAACGUGAGCGCCGCCCUGCUGUGUUUGAAUCAUUCAGCCCUGGUGACGUGGGUGGGAAGCCCCAGUGCUACAGGAUACAAUGUGACAGCAACAGCACAGGAUGGACACGCACACCACUGCCACACCAAUUCUACCAGCUGUCAAGUCCAUGACAUCCACUGUGGUGAAACCUAUAGCAUUACCGUUACACCUUACUCUCAGACAUGCACAGGAAAUCCAAGUGCAGCCUACAGCUUUCCAGCAGGCCGUUGUGCUCCUGGUAACAUCGCCGUGUCUCCAGCUUGUGAGGGCAACAGCACAGUCUCCUGGUCUCCUGUAAUGGGAGCUGAUAUGUACAUAGCAACAGCAAUGGCAGAUGAUGGACACACUCAUACUUGCAGCUCAAACUAUUUAGACUCAUGCAAUUUCACUGACCUCCACUGUGGGGAAACCUACGCUGUCACUGUUGUCAGUGUAGACAGGGGCUGCUGGAGUGAACCAAGCUCAGCAGUGCAGCUCAGGACAGCUUUGUGUCCACCCACUAACUUGACGGGUCAUGUCAGCUGUGAUGCCAACGCACUGACCCUCACUUGGGAUCCGGUGACUGGAGCUAUCUAUGUCUUACAGUAUGAGCAGAUAGGCAGCGCUCUCCCUCAUUCAGCCAACGUCACCUCUAACUCUUCCCACACUCUGGCUAAUCUGCUGUGUGGGCAAAGGUACGCUUUCCGCAUUGCAGCCCAGGAUGGAAACUGCCGCAGCAGUUACAGUCCACCCAUAGAAAUAAGUACAGCCCCCUGUCAGCCCACAAACUUAACGGUCCAAGUGGACUGUGGGACAAACAAUGGGAAUUUUUCCUGGGAUGAAAGCAGCAGUGCAGGUUUCUACACUGUGCAGGUGACAGGGGAGCACGGCCACGUAGCAUCCUGCUCCUCUAAUGACACCUCCUGCGCUGUGAAACUUCACUGUGGCCGUUCGUACUCUGCGACACUGGUGGCCUCCACAGAAAGCUGCAACAGCAGCAAACACACUGAUAUUUAUUUUGACUCGGCUCCCUGCCUACCAAAAGAUGUUGUGGCAGAGUUGGACUGUAACACCAACAUGAUGACUGUGAGCUGGUCUCAGACUCCGGGCUCAGAUAACUACACCGCCUGGGCCAUCAGCAGCACAGAUGAUCACAGAGCUUCCUGUAACUCGACAUCCGACUCCUGCUCCAUCCGUGACCUGCAGUGUGGAAAAGUCUACCAGGUGGUUGUCACCUCCUCUUCUGUUCACUGCAACGUCAUUGCUGGCUCUGACUACAAGGUUCAGUCAGCUCCAUGUAAACCUGAGAACACGACUAUUGACCAAAACUGCAGCUCGAGCGUCAUUACAGUAAAGUGGAACCAAGGUGACAUAAAACAGAAUUACACUGUUAAGGCUACGUCUGCCUCAGGUGUGAACGCCGCCUGUGACUCCACCCAGAGCAGCUGUUCCUUCCUGGACCUGAGCUGUGGUCAACUCUACACUUUCACAGUGAUGGGACACACAAAUGUUUGUAUAAGCGAGUGGAGCACUCCUAUAGAGAAGCUCACAGGCCCAUGCCCUCCUACCAAAGUGUCAGCUGAGCUAAAUUGUACUACCUUUAAAGCUCUGGUCACUUGGAGUAAUACUGCAGCAAACACGGGAUACAUGGUCCAGGCCACGUCUGCUAACGGACACAGCUCCAACUGCAGUGACUUGGGCACAUCGUGUCAUCUUAACAGCCUGGUUUGUGGACAGGAAUACUCUGUUGUUGUGGAAGCAGUGGACCCCGGAUGUACUGGUCCUUCCAGUGUCCCCACCACCAUCACAACAGAGCCCUGUGUUCCUAUGAAUGUCAACUUUCACUAUAACGUGAGUGCUGCCCAGGUGCAGUGGAGUGCAGGGAGCGGUGCAAGCUCAUACUCUGUCCGAGCUGUGACAAAGCAAGGCCUGAGUUUAACCUGUAACACCAUAAACACUGACUGUGUUCUGACUGGUUUACAAUGCAGUCAGACCUACAGCAUCACUGUGACGGCUAAAAACCAGGGCUGUGACAGUCAGAUCUCUGACGCCUCCCUCCUCAUGACAGAACCCUGCCCACCCACAAACAUUCAAGCCAAUGUGUCUUGUGGGCAACCCACUGCAACGGUGUCCUGGCAGCAGAGUGGCCUUGCUGCAGGUUAUGUUGCCUACUUCGACAGCCAGCGUGGACACGACACUUUCUGUGUUGGCACAGACACGGAUACAAGUUGUGUCGUCUCAGGGCUGAUGUGUGGCACGGUGUACAACGUCUGGGUCAAAGCCCUGGGACAUCAGUACAACAGCUCUGACAGCAUAGUGGUCCCUCUAACAUCAGGACCUUGUGAGCCAAGCAAUAUUGAAGUGAUUUACGACUGUGGGGGCAGCUCUGCCAACAUAUGGUGGCAGCCCAGCGAUGGAGCUGUGCUCUACAUUACUGUACUCACAGCUUCUUCAGGACACACAGCCAGCUGCACCACCAACCAAACCAGCUGUCAGCCGAGGCCUCUGCGAUGCGGAGAGGAAUACAACGUCACUGUGAAGGCUGUUGGAGAGACUUGUAACAGCAGUUCUCAGAUGACAGGAUACCUCACCACAGAGCCCUGCGUUCCUACAAAUGUGUCCAUCCACUACAACUUGAGUACUGCCCGGGUGAUGUGGAACACAGCGAGAGGUGCUGCGUCGUACUCUGUUCAGGCUGUGAGUGACCGUAACUUGACAGUCGCCUGUAACACCAGCAACACACACUGCUCCCUGACUGCUCUGCAGUGCAGCCACACCUACAGCAUCACUGUGAUGACACAAAGCCUGGCAUGCAACAACACUGUGAGCUCUGCACCCUACCGCCUCGUGACAGAGCCGUGUCCACCUACUAAUGUUCAAGCCAGCAUGUCAUGCAGACAGCUUACUUCAACUGCGUCCUGGCAGCAGAGUGACCUCGCUUUGGGUUAUGUUGCCUACUUUGACAACCAAAAUGGCCACUACACCUCCUGUAUGAGCACAAACACCUCCUGUGUGGUCUCAGGGCUGAUGUGUGGUACAGUGUACAGUGUCUGGGUCAAGGCGUUAGGACAGCAGUACAACAGCUCUGACAGCUCAGUGGUCUCGCUUACAUCAGCCCCAUGCCUGCCCAGAGACAUGACAGUGGAAGUCAACUGCACCUCUGACAAUGCAAUCCUGGUGUCCUGGAACGGCACUUAUGGCACAACUAACAUUUCCCUGAUGGCUGUCGUUGGUGGAAGUCUUCAAACUCUGUGCACAACUCAGCAGGAAAGCUGUAACAUGACAAGUUUAAGCUGUGGGGAAACCUACAGUCUCAGCAUCAACGCCAGCAACGACCAGUGCAGCCUCAGCACACAGACACUGUCUAACUUUACCACACGUCCUUGUCCUCCUCAGAGAGUAGCUGUCAAUCUGCAGUGCAGCUCCCGUACUGCUGUCCUAUCCUGGGAAGAGAGGUCUAAUGUUGAACUGUACACAGCGAGCGCCAUCAAGGCGUCAGGAGGGGAAGAGAAAACGUGUGCCUCAGUGACCUCCAGCUGUCAGUUCUCGGGUCUGGACUGUGGAGAGAUGUAUAACUUUACUGUUACAGGCCACAACAGAGGCUGCUGUAGCCAACCCAGCAGUGCUGUGUUCAUCCACACAGAGCCAUGUCCACCUACAAAUGUUUCUGCUGAGGUGCUCUGUGAGUCCGAUGAGGUGAAGAUCUCCUGGCAAGAGGCGAGUGGUGCUGAGAGUUUCUUGGUUACAGUGAGCGGCAGCGACGGAUUCGUGAAGACUUACAGCACAAACCAAGCGCUUCUAAGAGCCUCUUUGCCUUGUGGACAGGACUUUAAUGUCACUGUUCGAGGACAGGGCAGCAUGUGUAAUGGCAUCCCCAGCAGUCCCACCUUCUUCAAAACUGCUCCAUGUAUACCAAGGGGUUUGGCAACUGACGCAGAGUGUGGGUUUGACGUGGGCUCCGUCAGCUGGCAGCCAACUGAUGGAGCUGAAACAUACAUUGCUGUAGCCACUGGCCUCGACGGCCACACUCACCGCUGCAUAAGCAAUACCGCCUCCUGCACCUGGAGCGAUCUGCACUGUGGGGAGGAGUACAGUGUUGUAGUGAGAGCAAAGAGCAACAACUGCACCAGUCUGCCGAGCAACAGCUCAAUCAUCCACAUGGACCCCUGUGCUCCCCAGAAUUUGUCUGCCACUGUGAACUGUGAUAUGAAAGUGGUGUCUCUGAGCUGGGAUGCCAGCAGUGGGGCAAAGAUGUACACGGUUUACGCUGAGGCGGGAAACAAGUCAGUCAGUCUCAACACUAACAUGACCACAGCCAGCUUCACUGGAUUUACCUGCGGACAAAAAUACAGCAUCAAAAUCACACCUCACAGUUGGUACUGUCCUGGAAACUCGAGCGCUUCAGUCUCUGUGCAGACCUGGCCAUGCAAACCCAUCGGAGUCUCUGCCAGCCAGGACUGUCUUACUAGUAUUGCUGUGGUAACCUGGCAGCCUAGUAAUGGGUCAGAUGUCUACACAGCCACCAUGCAGACUGACACCGGCGUGUCAAAAAUGUGCAUGUCAGACACUAAUCAGUGCAGCUUCCUUGACCUGAUGUGUGGACAGAACUUCUCUGUCUCCGUCACAGCUUCCAACCAGCAGUGUGACGUCACCGCCGGUCCAGCCACAAGUCUGCAAUCAGUACCUUGUGUUCCCACUGACGUCUCAGUGGCGAUGGAUUGUGCUAACAACACUGCUGUUGUGUCCUGGGCUUCCAGUCAGGGUGCUGUAAAGUACUCAGUCAUGGCCCACAGUGGCCAUGUUAAUAAUGACAGCUGUCAGACCGCUGGCCUUAGCUGUAGCCUCAACAACCUCACCUGUGGCAGCCUCUACACCGUUCACGUUGUAGCUAUGGGUGACAGCUGCUCUAGCGUCCCCAGCUGGCCUCUGAAAUUUAACUCAAUCCCCUGCCCGCCUCAGAACGUGAGCACCCAGGUCGACUGUUCGUCAAAUGAUCUGACAGUUUCUUGGGAAGCCAUCGGAGAUGCUGACCACUUCUUGGUUUCACUAGCUGCUGAGAAUGGCGAAAGCGAGUUAUGCAACACCACAAACACUGUAUGUUUCAGCAGCAAUGCCACAUGUGGAAAAACCUUCACAGUCCAGGUGACCUCUGUCAGAGAACACUGCCGCAGCGUGCACAGUCAGACCCAGAGCAUCCAGUCAGCUCCCUGCCAGCCCCAGGGGAUCAUGGGCAGCGUUGACUGUGUGACCAACUCUGCCUGGAUAUCAUGGCUUGAUGCUCCCGGGGCAGACAGCUACACUGUGUCCGGUGUAGCUGUAGGUAGAAAUGACUACAGAGCCAACUGCACCACCUUUACCAACAUGACGUGUGAGAUGAAAGACCUGGCCUGUGGUGUGCUUUACAACUUCAGCGUAUUGGCCAAAAACAGCGAGUGUGAGAGUCAGCCCAGUGCCCCCAUCAGUUUGGAAACAGCCCCCUGCUCCCUCUCUGCUAUCACUGCUGUCCCCCAGUGUCACAACUCCUCCAUCCUUGUUAUGUGGGAUCUCAUGGAGGGUAGUGAGAGAAACACUGUGUACACUGCUGCAGCAGAAGCCAGUGAUUACACGUUGUUGACCUGCAAUAACACCGGCACCAGCUGCUCCCUCCAGGAAGCACAGUGUGGCCUUCAGUACACCAUCAGCGUAGCUGCUUCAUCGGACGCCUGCAGCAGUAUGAGAAGUCCUCCCUCCAAAGUUAGCAUGGAGCCCUGUCCACCCACAGACGUGAGGGUGAACGCUGCCUGUGAGCAUCACAGGGCGGUGGUGUCCUGGACUCCAUCUCCGGGUGCUGAAACCUACCACGUUGUCGCUGAGGCUGCAGAUGGACACACGCACACCUGCAACACAAGCUCCACAAACUGCAGCUUAUCAGAGCUCCACUGUGAUGAGCAGUACACUGUGUUUGUGACAGCUGGCCAUGAGAACUGCUCCAGCAAAGCCAGUCAGAAUGUAACACUGAACACAGGCCCUUGCCAGCCAAGUGGACUCUCAGUUACGUACCAGUGUAGCAAUCAGUCCGCGACGCUGACGUGGACUCCCAGUGGACCAGCUAAAGACUACUACGGCUGUGCUCAGGCUGGAAAUGAAGACAUGCUUUACUGUCACAGCACAAACCCCAGCUGUGUUAUCAAUGGCCUCGACUGCGGAACUGUUUACAAUUUCUCUGUCCAGGCCUCAGACGGGACAUGCAACAGCUCCUUCAGUGAUCCUGCGCAGAUUGAAGCAGUUCCCUGUCCACCAGCUAUUGCUGAGGUGCAGCUUUUCCCAAUGCAGGACGAGAUCCAGGUGAUGCGUUUCAGCUGGAAACAGAUUACCUGUGGCGACACCGGUUACAUGCUCACUUUGACAGGAAGUCUGCUGGGAGACAGCCAGGCCCUGUUCGAGCUUUCUUCCUAUUGGACAAAUGUGACAUACUUUGAGUUUCCUCUCGUCUGCAGUUCGAAUUACAGCGCCACAAUGAAGAGCAGGAAUGCUGCAGGGAUGAGCGACACAUCCAUGCCUGUUUAUGGAACAACAGCUCCUUGUCCACCAUCGGGUGUGGUGUACACUGGAAACAGCUCCUUUGCCACAGUUUCGUGGAACGCCUCAGUGUUUGCCGUCAACUACACGGUGUAUGACAACAGCAUAACGCCAAAGGUCCAGCUGUGCAGCACUGCACAGCUGUCCUGCUCUCUGUCCAACAUCGCUUCCAGCGAUCUCGCGAUCACCGCCAGCAAUGCCGCUGGAGAAAGUGAAGCAAUAAAUGUCACAAAAAUGGUGACGCACGCACGCAGGAGAAGAGAUCUCCAAGAACAGAUGUCACUGAAUGGAAGCAUCUCAGCUCCUGUGUUGGACGUCACGCACAUAACAUCAACAGUCAUUUCCAUCACAUGGUCUAAGGUGGAGGGUGCUUCUUAUUACAGCCUGCUGGUUAUAAAGCAAAGCAGGUCCCACGAGCACCAGCAGCUGACGGUGUACGGGGAGAGCAUCAUGCUCACUGAUAUGAGACCAAACGCCACCUACUGCAUCUCUGUGCUGGCCAUUUACGCAGACGCUAGUGGGCCAGAGUCUGAGCCCGUAUGUGUGCGGACAGAGAGCGGGCUUCCACAGUAAACGGAAAAGGCACUUCUGAGGCCUCCACACCUCUCCUUUUAAAAAUGGUUCCACUUUUAGAUGCCAAAUCCUUAACACACAAUACACAAGCACAUUAGAUUGUGGGAAUUAAUGUGGGUUGCUCUGCUCGUGUACCAUGAGAUGCAUUCAGCAUUAGCCUCACCACUGAUAAUAAAGUAGUUGUCUUUAGAAUAAAAGGCUCUGUCCUCCAGUUCAUGCUUAUAUUAAAAACUCUUUAUAAAGAUGGGUUUAUGUCUACUGCUGGUUGAAGUUGCAUGUUCCUCCUGCUUUUUUAAUUCUCAUUUUGUAAAUUAUCAUCAUUGCUAAAUGUGUAUUUAACAUGCAAAUAAUUUUCAGACUACAUUCUAAUAAAAUAAUGAAAAUAUUUU